GCGGUUCACGCGCGCGGGUGGAAUUUGAGGACCGGUGAGGGAAGAUAAACUGCCGCUCCGCGCCGCUCUCACUCCGCUCCGAGACAGCUUUCACCGAGAUGUUGAGCAAGUUUGACUUUAUAAACUCCCUCAACAUGACAACACACAGACAUCGAUGGUGGAUAUCCAAGAUGGUAGCUCUGAUGUUCUUUGUAGCUGUGCUGAUGACCAGCAUGUUUCAGAGAGGACCUGUCAGCACCAGGGACUUGCAGGUCAAGAGGAACACACACGUACAGAAGGAAACAAUAAAUUAUUGGAAAGUAAAUCAGGAGAAAUCGACAGAAACUAGAGAAGAAUCGGUGUACGAACAAGACGUAGCCAGAACAUGGGACAUCACAAGCACAAACUGCAGUGCUAACACAAAUAUUUCUUCUACAGAAGGUUUUGCUGCUAUGGAGCAGAACUUUAAACAGUUUCUCCUCUACAGACACUGUAGAUAUUUCCCCAUGAUCAUCAACCACCCAGAGAAAUGUUCUGGAGAUGUGCACCUCCUCAUGGUGAUAAAAUCCAUCAUAACACAGCAUGACAGACGUGAAGUGAUCCGCCAAACUUGGGGAAAGGAGCAGGUCAUAGAUGGCAAGAAGAUUAAGAUGCUCUUCCUGUUGGGAACUUCCUCUAAUGAAGUGGAGAAGGCGAACCACCAGAAGCUUCUGGAAUAUGAGGAUUAUAUCUACGGUGACAUCCUACAGUGGGAUUUCAUGGAUACAUUCUUCAACCUCACAUUAAAGGAGACCCACUUCAUGAAAUGGUUUUCCACGUACUGUGGGAAUGUGCACUACAUCUUCAAAGGGGAUGAUGAUGUUUUCGUUAGUGUAACAAACAUUCUGGACUAUCUGGAGAGCAGCAAGAACGUUCAGGACCUGUUCGUUGGAGAUGUCCUCGUCAAAGCAAAACCCAUCCGACGGAAACAGAACAAGUACUACAUCCCACCUGCACUAUAUAACAAGACGCAUUACCCACCCUACGCAGGAGGCGGGGGAUUUUUGAUGGAUGGCCCACUGGCACGACGGCUCCAUUUGGUGUCAGAAACGCUGGAGCUGUUUCCAAUCGAUGAUGUAUUCCUUGGAAUGUGCUUAGAGGUGCUCCAGGUGACUGCUAUAAAACACAAUGCGUUUAAAACGUUUGGCCUCUUGAGGGAUAAAAAGAGCAAACUGAACAAAGAGCCCUGUUUCUACAAGAACAUGAUUGUGGUCCAUAAACUCCUCCCUCAGGAGCUUCUGGACAUGUGGAGGUUGGUCAACAAUAAUCUUGUGUGCACAUUCAAUCCUGGGCUGUUAAAGGAGCAAUCGAAAAACCAGAAGCAACCGUUAUAACAGUUUUAUGGAACGUGAACUAGAGUUGAUGUAACCCUGGUCCCUCGUCUUAACUUUAUCUUGGUGUCCAAAUGAAAUAGAGUACUUUGAACGGAGGAUGCUCUUUUCUAAUUGGACCAACUUGCACAAGUUUCUGCCCAGAAACAAAGGUGCCCCCUAUAGACCCCUGUAGCUUAGGAUCCAGUACGAAUCAUAUCGAUCACUUGCAACCGAAUGUGAUUGAUUUCACUUGCUUUUACAAGGAAGGAUGUUGGUUCUAACUAAUGCUGUAAUUCUUACAACCAUUUACCCAACAGCAAGUGAGUGAACAAUUAGUAGCUAGGCUACUAAUUGUUUUUGCAAGCAGUCACAUCUGUAUGUUCAUAAUUUGCAACACGUCCUUGUUUACAUAAAGGUGGGGGAGUGUACGCUUUUAUUUAUGUGCACUCUGAAUAACCAUUUCUUUCAGAGUUCCUUCAUUUUUCUUGGCAAACUCAGUGUGCCAUUUGGAUGUUUAACGCAGCAUUGCAUGUCCUUCCUGGAGAAGGCUCUUUUGAUAUGAAACCGUUGAGUUUAGCAAAGGUGUUUAAAAAAACAAAACACAGCUGUAGAAUUUUUUUUUAAGCUACACUAUGAAAGUAUUGGGUGAUUAUUGUGAUUUAUUUGUUGGAUAUUACACUAUAUCGAUUUGUGAAUGUGUUUAAAAUGGCAUUUGUUCUGAGUAGCAGAUGUUCUAACGAAAUAGGAGGAAACAAAAACCUCUCUACCUCACUAGUGGCAUUCUGAAGGAGAUAUUAGCUUGCUUUUUUUUUAAAUCAACAGCAGUGUUUCAAUUCUGCUUUAACGUGCCCUCAUGCACUUCCCCUUAAUCAGCUUGUGUGAGGUUUCUUAGAUGUUAGAGUUGACAUUGCUGUUCUCUGCAUUGAGGAGAAUCCAAGAAGCAACCAAGAAGACAAGGGUGACUCUCUAUUUGAUUCUACCACCAUCAUGCUUCAACUUGAUUGUAACUCUACAAAAUGGUGGAAAUUUGAAGGGGGUGAAUACUUCUACAAGGUACUGUACAUCACAGCAAUAAAAAAUUUUAAUGUUUUAUUUGUUUGAUUCUACUCAUGACUGUGUUAGCUUGUUGUCACUUCAUGUAGUUCACAUAAAAUUGUAAAUUUUAGGAAACUAUACACACCCUGCCCCAUGUGCUUUAACUGCACACAGUGCAGCAUCGACUUCCUAUAAAGUGUGUAACAUGCACAAAGGUACUUUAAAAAUAAUACUGCAGUAAAGGCGACAUUUACUAGGUAAGAUUUAAUAAUUUUCAAACUGUUUCUCCAACUCUGUCAUUGUCACAUCCCAGUCUCUGACACUAUUUUGUGUUCACUGUUUCAGUGUAAAAUGUUUGUAAAUCCGUGUCUCAAAUCACACACCUGAAACAUAAACGUUCCUAAUGUGGUGUUCAUACUGCGGAGAAGUUAAUACACUUGAUGCUAAAAGUGUGUGAAUUUGAUCUUUUAUGUACUUUUGAUAAAUGUCAUUAUUCUGUACUUUAUUUAUUUGUGAAGGUAAUAUUACAGGUAGGGUCCACACUCAUGUCAUGUCGAACAGAAGUGUGUGAUUGGAAACACAACAGAAAUAUUAUUGACAUUUUAUAGCGUGUCACAGGAUAAUAUUGUUUUCAUGUCACCUUACUGCAGAAACAAACAGUAAGAUCAGAUUGCCUGAUAUUAGACGCUGUACGUUAUAAACUGUGAAAUGAAGAAAUACUCUGGUACUUAAAUUAGAGAGACUAGUUUUAAGGUUUAGGGUCUAUGAUGAUAUUUAAUGUUUCUUUUGCAUUCUGCACCUUUUUAAAAUUCUG